AUGUCAGCUCGGGAUGGGGACAAAUGUGUCAGUCAGUGUCCACCGAAAGAGAUUGUGAGCCGAACGGACAGUCGUUUGCAACCGAAUCCCGAUUUCAAAUACACAUUUCACGAUAUGUGUGUGAAAGAUUGUCCGGCUCCAUUCCUCAAAUCAAACAUUUAUUGUGUGAUCGAGUGCAAUCUGAAAAGUCAAAUCCCUGUCAAUGGAACGUGUCAACAGUGUCCAGCCUCUGGAUGUCCCGAACAUUGCACGGAGGAUCAAAUUUUUGAUAUCAAGCCCCACAUUAUUGAUGAUCGAGCAUUGGAUAGAUUGGAGAACUGCAUCUAUUACACUGGUCGGUUGUAUAUCAGCAAAGAGUCUUUCGAGCCGAGGGUCUAA